CAAGCUUGACUUAGAUAUGAACAACAUAUCAUGAUAUUACCAAGAGGCCUUGCAAUCACGUCGGGUAGCGACAGUAGGUACUGGAGUUGGAAACAGGACGAACAUAACAGCGCUAUCGAAGUGGCCGAGCUGGAAGCCGUAGGUUGGCUAGAUAUUCAGGAAAGUUUCGAACAGUGGACCUUUCACCCAACAUAGAUUAUAAAAUCGUUCUUGACUUUAAGAUGGAAAGUAGCAUCUAUGGGUUUCCCGUGCCAGUGAACUUCAACAUCGCACUUCCUGACGGAACCAAGCGAACCGGCACGGUAGAUUUUGCGGCAUAUGCAAGAGGAUCAUGCCAGAAUCUCAUUCUACACAAAUUCAAGAUGUCCCCGAAAAAUGUGGGGCAAGUCGAAUUUCGAAUUUAUGAAGUUGUCACGGGGCAAUGGAAGGGUGGGCUUGUCAUCAGAGCCGUUUCACUCAUGCCAAUAGCUGAUAAUUGCAUCGGCUCACAUCGACAACAAGGUGAAAGAAUGGAAGAUCAGAAGAUGGAGAAGGGAAAUUGGUCAAGAAAACAGAAAAGUCAAAACAACCACCCACAAUCGUGGGCCAUUUUGACACGUGCCGAUGCAGUUGAAGGAUCAUCAGCAGAUGGGCUCCAUGCUCGGCUUGAAGAGGGAGUGCUAUUGGACAGAAAAACCAAGAAGUACAUGAUUGAUGCUGCAUCGAACAAGAACAUGUUCAUGGUGUUAGCAAGAGGUUUUGCAAUUGCAUGGGGAAACGAUACUAGGUAUUGGACUUGGAAACCGGACAAACGUAACAGGGAAGAAGAAUUGGCCCGACUAAAAGCUGUUUGUUGGCUCGAUAUUGCGGGCAAUCUCCAGACAAUUGACCUCUCUCCAGAAACAGAAUAUGAAAUCGUUCUCCAUGUCAAGAUCGGGAGAAGAAGUUUUGGAUUCUUCAUCCCAAUUAACUUCAAGAUAACAUUGGCAGAUGGAACUCAAUGGGAGGACUCGGUAGAUCUCAGUGCAUAUGCAAAAGGUUCAUGGCAUGAUAUUGCACUUCAUAAAUUUAAAACGCCAUCCAAUAAUGCAGGAGAAGUGGAAUUUCGCAUUUAUGAACAUAGUGGGCACUGGAAGGGUGGGCUAGUCCUUAGAGGAGUCUCAUUUAAGCCAAAAUGAGAUGCCGUCAUAGGUGAACAGCCAAGUAUGGUAUACCAUGUUGUACAUAUCGACAUCGACCUAGUAAGAUAGUUGAUGAUAUUGCUUUAGUCAUAAUCUUUCUUAUUGGUAACUAUUGUAAAUCGAUCAUGAAGCAGGAUAGUGGCCUGUAUAUAGGGGAGAUUGUAUUAUAUUAGGAAACUGUUAUAUUAAUUAGGGAUGAGAUUGUAUUAUACUAGGAAAUCAUUAUAUUAAUUAGGGAUGAGAUUGUAUGUGUGUAUACCUGUAAUUCCUAGGCUACAUCUUGUAUAUAUUUGUGUCUCAAAUUCUAUCAAUGAAUCAAGCUUUUCAGCCUCUCUAAUA